GAUACAGGCAUAUAGGCAGUAUAUUUUUCAAUGGCCUUUACUGACGUAGUUCCGAUAUUAUUACGAUUGCAGUGCGCGGAAGAAGGCGGUACGAGUCUAGGUACCUACAUUAACGUCAAUUCCUUACACGUACGUAUACGAGUACACGCUGCAUGUAAUGCGGGCAGAAGUUGGCACGAGCGCAAGCGCACGCGACAUUGUCGAACUUAUACAUUAUAUCCGGAGGAGAGUGGAUGCCGCUAGUUCAGUCGACGUUGCGCUGUCUAAGAGUUCGGAGCUUCGCUUAUUGUCUGUCACUCGUUAAAAUCAGUUCAGCGAGAGAUUUCAUCCUUCCUCUGUUGUCAGCCUGCAGCCGGCGAGAGGGAUCGAAUCUGAGCGAGAAGGAGGAACUAAUUCGCGUUUGUGGAGGGAAAACGAAACGCAUAAUAUCCAAAGGCAAGACAACUCGUCAAUUCAGCGAGAGCCUAAAUUGCAUCUACCACUUAGCUCGGGAAAGUCAGUCUGCGGUUAUUAUCCGAAAAGGGCAGUUAAUGUCGCUUAAGACGGUCCCCGUUACGGACCACGAAGACGAGAUGAAGGCCAACACCGCAGCGACCAAAAUCCAAGCCGGAUUCCGAGGGUACAGAGUCAGGAAGCAGCUGAAGGAAGGCCGGGGUCAGACAUCACCGAGGACCUCGGACUCCGAGGCGUCCAGCCCGCCACCCCUUAAACGCCAGGACACCUCGAACAGGACGAACCUUGAGGAGAAAUCGGCGACGAAGAUCCAGGCCGGAGUCAGAGGGUUUCUCGUCAGGAAGAGGCAGCAGGUCGCGGCCGCUGCUGCCACCAGGAUUCAGGCAGGGUUCCGAGGGUUCAGGACCCGUAAACAGCUGAAACAGGGCACCCAGUGACCCUUGAGUUGCUCGAGAACGCGGUGGCAGAGGAUCACCCGGCAUCCUCUGCUCUUCAGUUAUACAUUCUAUUAGAAUAAGUAAUAUACCUGCUUGAGUAUAAAGAGAAAUCACGAUUGCCUCGCUAUGCAAACUAUGCAGCAUCUGCAUCUGGAACGAUCAUCCUUCGUGAACACAUCCUCAACGAAAACACUGCAAACUAUAAUUUAGAUGAGGUGGUUCGAUGGUGUCCGAGUGUGCGUACGGGUCGGCUAAGGCGAUGGCAUUGACACAGUUUGGACUGCUUGCACCGCCUGUGUUUGCCUCGCGGGUUCUGUUCUGUUAAUGUAAUGUCGAGCGUGAAGAGUUUGAACUGUUGAGCAAUCCAGUCAACGAGCCCUUGACGACUCACUGCUGUAUCCGAAUGAAUGAUCCGACCUACGUGUCGCCGAACUCCAGACCUCAGAUUCGCACAGACGAAGAUCAUCCGACCCUCAUUGGAAAAUCUGUAUUUUUCGUGUCAUUAGUAUUGUUAGUUUUUUUUCAAUCUCCAGAGGAACUUUAUGGUUAAUAAGUACACGUACAUACGUAUACGUAUGAUAGAGUCGUUUCAAAUUUGGUGCUAAAUGUAUGUACAUUGGAGAGUACACAAAUUAUUAAAAGUGUACAGUGUCAUACGUUUACGUAUUUUGCUUUUCUUCUCUUUCUUUCAAUUCUUCUUGUUCGAUAAUUCCAAUUGUCCAUGCAGCAUUUUGAAUAUUGUGAGCUAUGAAAUUUUAUCGUCAUCGUCACGCGAAAGUCUUCUUAGGAUCCGUAUUAUUAUUAUCAUCGUCAUUCUUAU